AUGCUACCUCGGCAUCACAAUGGCCAACGAACUUAUCCAGCAUUGGACUCUGUUCCAAGCAGUCCGAAUGAAUCUUCCACCGCCUCGAAUCAGCCUCCAUCGGGUGGCAUAGAAGGCCAUCUAAGCUCCGACAUCUUGAACCUUCAUCGCAAGGGCUCAAAAGUAUGGACUGAACUUCGGGGCAAGCUGAUGGGAAGGGCGGGGAAGAACAGUCACGGCUCAAUAAAUUCUGCUGCCCCUGACUGGUAUCCAACCGAGGCUUUUCGGUCCUUGAAUAUCGGGAAAACAAAUCCAGCCGGCGCCACUUCCAGCAACGAUGCCUCGACACCACGAAAGAUAACAGGGGUAAAGGUCUUCCCGGUGGCGAAUGGUCUCAUGCAAAAACUACGGCACAACAAUCAAAAACUUUCUUCGCGCGGUGCUGUUACGGCCUACGGCUCUUCACCACAGCAGAGGGAUUUGAUUUCAAGUCUGCCCAGUGUUACGGAAUCUGAUGAUUCGAGCGAUAAGGAUGAUGUAUGGUCGUCCACCCACAGCAGCAGGCUGACAGGCCUGGAAGAUACUUCAACAAGGAAAACAUCAUUCGAUUCCCGCAUUUCCAGCUCCCCAUCAACGAAAGGAGGAAGCCCAAGAAGAAAGCUCAGCCGUCGGAGCCGGUGGACUAGAUCAAGCCCCGAGGCAGCAGGCUUGGGGACUAUCGAAGAGUCGGCGGUAGACAAGCCAAAGCCAACUAUAUUGACGGUAGAAAGAGCGGCAGCGGCCAAGAUCUACCUGGAGACUUACUUCAAUGAGCUCGGCAGCGAGGCGUAUCGUCGCUCUCUCCGGCGCCAGCAGUUUCAUCAAGAGCUCUUUCGCAGUGCAUAUAUGAUGCCUAGCAGCAAUAGCCUUACCUACGAAACUUUCUACUACCGGGAGAGCUGUCGCCUAAGAGAUAUACGAAUUUUGAAAUCCAAGUGCACAAUACAAGCCAAGCAGCAAGAUUCAAGCACCUGUGCUUCAAAAUACGAAUUUCUAAAAAUACUGGGCAAGGGUAGUUUUGGAGUUGUCAAGUUGGUACGUGAGAGGUCAGACUCAUCGUACUCUUACCCAAGUCGAGUUUUUGCAAUGAAGGUUAUACGAAAAUCGGACAUGUUUCGGAGCAGCCAGGAGGGACAUCUUCGCGCUGAGAGGGACUUUCUUGUUUCUUACGAAGGAUCAAACUGGGUAGUGCCACUAAUUGCAAGCUUCGAUGACCUAUCAAAUCUAUAUCUCGUCAUGGAAUAUAUGCCCGGUGGAGACUUCUUGGGUUUGUUGAUCCGCGAAAACAUACUACACGAGGCUGUGGCAUGUUUCUACAUUGCCGAGAUGAUAUUGGCCGUUGAAGAAGCGCAUCGUCUUGGAUUCAUUCACCGCGACAUCAAGCCUGAUAAUUUCUUAAUAUCCAGAUCUGGGCAUCUCAAAAUCUCUGAUUUCGGACUCGCAUUUGACGGGCAAUGGCCUCAUGACGCAUCAUAUUACAAUUACCAUAGAUGCUCCCUUCUACGGAAAUUGAGUAUUGACGCUAAAGGAGAUGAAAAGGACCAAGAAGACAUUAAAGGCAUCCAAGGGCGGGCCGAGAAAUCACGCGCUCUGGCGGGUGACCUUGAGCGGCAUAAUGAGCAGAGCUUAGGAAGCGACCAGGACCUUGGUACUCUUUUGGAAUGGAGGCACAGAUGCGGCAACCGUACGAGAGCAAAUUCCGUCGUUGGCACAAGUCAGUAUAUGGCUCCCGAGGCUCACAAAGAAAAGUUUCGGUUUCCCGUGAGACCAUUCGUCACUGAUAAAUGUAAAGACUUGAUCUACCGCUUGAUCCAGGACAAAGAGGUUCGCCUCUGCUCCAAGCGAUACCAAAUGCUCGAUCAAAGCCAGCCGGGGAUAGGGUCACCGACGGACAGAUACGGCCGAUAUGUCUUCCCUAAUGAUGCUGAGGAUAUCAAAGCGCAUAAAUUCUUCAAGCCUAUUCCGUGGGAUACGAUACAGAACAUUUCGCCGCCCUUCAUCCCUCACAUCAACAGCCUUGAGGACAGUCACUACUUUGAUGAAUCUGAGCCUCUCGACGAUUGGAUAGAAUCGGCAACGGAAAGACCCGGGCUCACAGAUGAAGAAGUCCGAUGGGUUUUGCGAGGGUAUGGUAUGGCCGUACAAAAUGUGGCAAUUCGUUUGAUCAAUGCGCCAUUUGACUCGGGAGCCCUUCGCAGCAGAGAUUUGGAAAUUGACUCAAUGAGUGCAUUUGACGAUGAAGAGAAGGAGUUGCUAAAGAGAUUUACGAGAGAGUAUGGGCGGAGAGUGCCCAAGCGACCAAGGGACAUUAUUCUACGAGACGAGGGUAUGAAGGAGACGGCCAUGAUGGUGAGGAAACAGAGCGCCUUUAUGGGCUAUGCAUGGCAUAGCGUGAGGCGGAUGACCUACUGA